AUGAGAGCUCCUACUCCUGCUCCUGAUCGUACUUCUGCUCCUGCUACUGCUUCUUCUGCUUCUCCUGUUUCUGCUGCUGCUACUGAUUCUGCUCCUGCUCCUGCUUCUGCCCGUAAUUCUGCUUCUGCAUCUGCUCCUGGUUCUGCUUCUACUUCUACUCCUGUUUCUGCUCAUGCUACUGCCUCUGCUCCAGCUUCUGCUCCUGCUUCUGGUUUUGCUACUGCUUCUGCUCCUACUCCUGCUCCUGCUUCUGCUCGUACUUCUGCUGCUUCUUUUGCUACUGCUUCUCCUCCUACUCCAGCUAUUCGGGCGUCAGUGCCUUUACUGUCUCUGUGA